AUGCUCAAUCAAAGAGAUAGAUCCCUCCGCCAACUCGGAUGGGGGCCAACACUAGCACCUCCCUCCUUAGUAUUUAUACUUGGAGCAUUUAAUGGAGAGGUGAAGAACGGAUGCAAAGACAAAGGAUUUCGUGGAGACGAAAAUAUAACCGAGCCCCAGUUUAAUAAGGCAUGGAAUGUGACUUUACCAAACCGGCCAGCAUCUAAUGCAGAUAGGGGAGAUAGCGACGACCGCAACUUGCACGGGUUCAAGCCUAAAUUACCUGUGAGGUAUUUAGAAAAGCCUGCUACUCAAAAGAUAAUCAUUACAAUUGUGAGAGAAGACGGGAGCGAUUGGGUUUUGUUGUUGAACAAGUUGGGUCUUGAAUAA